UUGGCUGUCCCCGCCCUCGCACCUGCCCGCUGCCAGCUGGGCCGACUUUCCAUAACAGCUGCGGGCGCGGUUUAAGAGUUUGCGCAGCGGCGGGAUUAUUCGCUGCUUUAGGACGGGCAACGUCCCCUGAGCUCCCUGUUCUGCACUGGCUUUGAUGCGUCAAUCCCAGGACAGGAUGAAGCUCCUGAUCAUUUAUUUCCUGGCAGCUGGUUUGAUUGGUGCUGGUGUGCAAGUUGCUGCACAGAGAGAGGAGUGCGUCUUUGAGAGGCUGAAUGAGAAGGAUGCCCAGUUUUGUAGAGGAGAUUUAGAAGUUUUGUAUCCAGAUCUGGGAGAUGUUGGCUGUACAUUUAUUCCAAAGUGCAACAUGUACCGUCAACGGAUCAGCAUGGAAUGGAGCAGCCCAAAUAUCAGAUACCACCAGGCAGAUAAGGAGAAGAAGUAUGUUCUCAUCAUGGUAGAUCCAGAUGCCCCUAGCAGAGCGAAUCCAGAAUACCGUUUCUGGAGACAUUGGGUUGUCGUUGGAAUCAGAGGUGCUGACCUGAAGAAAGGGAAUCCAAAAGGCCAUGUAUUAACAGAGUACCAAAGACCCACACCACCACCUAACAGUGGUUACCACCGCUACCAGUUCCUCCUCUAUGAACAGCCAGGUGACGAAACUAUAUACCUAAACCCAUCGAAAGGUGCAUCUUUAGGUUCCUGGGACAUGGAGAGCUUUGUGGAUUAUUCUCACCUUGGGACCCCUGUGGCUUCAACCCAGUUUAUCACUAAGAACUACAGCAACUAGCAAGAGCGACAGCAAUAUUCCCCUUUCGGCUGAAAUGCUUGGCUUGAUCUCUUUUUCUCUUUGAAAACUAAGAGUGAAUCAUCUCCAUGCAGCACCAGGCUGUUGAUGUGACUUGCCAGCUCAGAGGACAUCCUAGAGGUUGCUGUGAUUUAGUCUUACAAUUCCAACCUUCUUCCAGUUCACUUUGGCAUGAAGAGUAGCAUGUAAACGACUCUCGCUUUCCAGGCAUUUUGCAGUAUAUGGGAUGGAGGCAGAAUCUGCAGGACUUGUGUGGAGCUGAAUGUGUCCUUAGGGUUCUUUUUAUAUUAACCUGGAUCAAAAUGACAACAGACUGGUUCCAACAGUUGCUUUUCUAACUAACCUAUUAUUACACAUCUCUGCCACUAA